AUGGGCGAUUGCGCCGAACUUGCAAGCGGUCUCCGCAACCCGGUCAACAUUUACGCUCUAAGGGCCUUGAGCGGCCUCUUCUGUACGAAAGCUAAGGGCUCGGAGGCUCAACCCGAGCCUGCUGUCGAGCUGAUGCGGCAGAAGUUCGAGAAGGCGUACAACGUACAUAUCCCUUCAAGGUAUCUACUCUCGGCUAAGAUCUUCGCCAAGAUUCGUAAAGGCGAACCGGUGCGCGAGGACGAAUGCGGUUUCGCCCCAGUGAGCGCCAAGAUGAAAAGGCGCAUGAAACACAACGCCGACACCGGAAUACCCUUCGUUAAAAAAAUGGAACCUGUCGAACUCCGUCAGGCUGCGCCCCCAGUCUCCCCGGCAGCAGAGAUGCUGAAUGUCUUGGGUGUUCCGGUUGAUAUCGGGCCUUGUCUCGUUGACUGGCUCACCAGAGAUUACCUAGAUCGACUCGAGUUGAUUUCGAAGAUAAGUGAGAGCGACUGGAAGUCUCUCAUCGAAACUAACUUGGCGCUUCAAGAAGGCGACGUGGGCAGAGACUUCCCACGGCUCGAUCCUGCUCGAGCACAAGCAGCCAAGUUGUUCGGGCUGGCUAUGUCUGACGAGGCUCGUCGUGUGCUAGAACAAGGAUACGCGCAGACGAAAGCUGCUACGGCCUCACCGGAUUAUGGUGCAUUGAAUUCGGUAAGAACGGCCAAUGCGACACUCGGCUACCUUAGUCCUGACCUCCUCCCCGAUGUGAGAGUCUUGAACAAUAUGAUUAAGUCGCCUGCAGCUUACGUUGAAUUCAAGAACUUGCAGUCCCAUGCGAGUCCCAUGCAGGGACGACAACGAAGCAACGCAUCCGGCCCACGGUUCAGCAUGGGCAAGUGGAUGAUGCAGUUCGCCAGAUAUUCAACUGCACUUAUGGUCGUAGAUCCUGAGUGCGCUCAGAAUAGCACCGUAUUUUCGAGGUAUCAACUAGAGAUUGGCUAUUUGGCUGAUGAGUCAUCUUGUCGCGAUGCUCUUGAGGCCGACGCUAAGUAUCGAAGGUCUAUCUCGAAGCGAGUUAUGCCGGGUAUUCCUCUGUGGAGCUGCUUUACCGAGGGUCAGUUCAGAAGUUUCUUUGAUAGAUGCUUAUCUGAGGCCGCAGGGAGGAAAGCGUAUCGAGAUGCUGCAACUUCUUCCUGGAGUUAUAAGGGUGAAGGAUACGGUAAAGGCUCUGGAAAAGGCGCUGGCAAAGCAAUGAGCAAGGGUGGCAAGGGCCGCGAGGGUGGUUCGAUGACAUCCUGGUCAUCUAGCGACAACUCAUCUUGGCAUCAAACUUGGGGACCGAAGGAUCAGAAUAUCAAGAGAGGGUCCGAAAGCUACCCUCUGGCUAGUGCCGCCAAGAAGACGAAGGCCGAGGGACACUGA